CUUAAGUGUCCGCUGCUAUCGCCGCUGUCUACAUUGUUUGAAGCUAUACUCGAGGGAGUGGACGUGUCAGUUCAAGAAAAGACACACGCGCCGAAAGAUGAUGAUGAGACACUGCAACAUGGGAUGUAAUAUCUUCUUCAUUGUGGCGUUCGCAAUAUCGUACGCCCAUGCACAGAACUUUUUCUAUAACUACGACUUCCCACAGCAAAGGCAUCCGUGGGAGGCACAGUACCACAACAUCCCGGUUAGUGUCCCCGCGCGGACGUACCAACGAGAAAAAGAACAAAGUGUGGAGGGUCCCGCCGCAUUCGUCGGCGAUGUGCCGUGGAACCGAUUCCAGCAGAGCUACAACCCUUUCGUGGUUGUACGUCGAACGUUCCCGGGUGGUAGCGUCAGCUACCCCGUGUGGAACGGAGUUGGCCAGCAGGCUGCUGCGAAGCCCGUCAUUCACGUCGAAAAUCGCGGCAACGUUCGCUGGAACCCUGUGGCCAAUCGCGCUCAACAUGACAGCGAGGGAGGUGGGCAAGAGGAGCAAAAUCGGAAGUCCAGCGGCCGUCAUGAUUACGGAAGUGACGUUUCAAGUCACGUCAACCACACGCGCAACGUCAGUAAAACGAGUUUUGUGGCUGAUUCUGGUACCGGUAAAAAUGGCUUCAAUUCCACGUUCUUGCUGAACGCAACUGCUUCUGGAAGACAGUUCAAUGCAAGCGGGUCCUAUAGGAAGCUUAACGAUAGUGUUUCUGCAAGCAGCCUAACUUCAACUUUUCCUCAGGACGAUCAUAACGCAACCGUUCCUGCGAGGAACCCAACGUCACCUAUCCUGGGGAGCAAUCUGAACGCGACUGAUUCUACAAGAAACCAAACUACGAUUACUUAUUGGACUAAGCAAAAUGGGACUGUUUCCACAGCAAAGCUAAAUAGAACUAUCUCUGAAAGGAAUCUAACGGAACAAGUUCAACAGGUAAAUCAUGCAACGAAUCAAAGCCGCGCCCUAAACGAUCUACUUAAACGCCAACGGGAGCAGGAACUAGAAGAACAUCACAAAGAAGAGGAACAGAAACCAAGAGAGCUCGGGGAGCAGCAGAAGGAACAAGAAGAGCAGAAACAGGAAACUGUACGAGAACACGAAAAGGAACAAAAACAAACAGACAAAGAGCUGGAGCAUCGAAGAAGGAAGUAUGAGGAAGAGCUUGAAGAGCAACAGAAGGAACAAGACAAAGAGAAGCAGCAAGCUGAGGAUGAACUCAGAAGGGAACAGCAACAAGCAGAGCAGGAGAAACAGGAAAAAGCGGAGGAACAACGUAGAGAGAAGCAGCAAGCUGAGGAUGAACUCAGAAGGGAACGACAACAAGCAGAGCAGGAGAGACAGGAAGAAGCAGAGAAACGACGUAAACAGAAACAGCAAGCUGAUGAUGAACUUCGAAGGGAACAGCAACAACUAGAGCAGGAGAAGCAGGAAGAAGCAAACGAACAGAAACAGGGAGAACAAAGCGAACGACAAAGACAGCAGGCACGACGAAAGGAACAGAGACAACAAGAACAACAAACAGAACAGCAGCAACGACAACAGAAACGGGAAAGGGUGCAAGAUUUCUUGUUUCCCGGAUUACAGCACCACGAUGUUAUGUUGGCUCGCCGAACGUUUCCAGGUGGCAGCGUUACUUUUCCGAUUUACAACGCGAACCAAGUUCAACGUAUCGCAAUAAACGAAGCUGUAAGACACCGGGCACCAUGGAAUCCUUGGAUCCCUGUCAUUCAGUCAGGCCCAUGGCAACAGCACCAGAGCAGAAGCAGUGAAGAAGGAUCACAUGCGAAAGGAGUGCAAUCCAGUGUGGAGCAGCGUGUGGUAGUUGAUAACCGUCAUCCUUGGAAUGCUGCACCUGUAAACGCUAGACAGCAGGACGCUCAGCGUCAGCAGUUCCUUCCAUGGCUGCCCACGGGUGUAGGACGUCAAACCUUUCCGGGCGGCAGCGUUACGUUUCCUGUGUAUCACGCAGAUCGUGUCUACCACGUUUCACGUAACCGCGAUGAAGACGAAGAGGACAAUGAGGGAAGGUGGCAGGUAAAUGAGGAGGACCAAUACCAGCAUCGAGGAAGGAACCAGAAGGAACAAGAGAAUCAGCAACAACAACAGUCCUUGCAGGCACACCACGGACAACAGCAACAAAAUCAGGCAGCGCUACAGGAACAGCUGAGUCAGGGACCGCGACAGGGGCAGCAGCACCAUUGGCAGAGCCAAUGGCAAGACCGUGUACAGGACCAACUGCAAAAUGAUCAAAAUCAGCAAGAACAGCAAGAGCAACAAAGGCAGCAAAAUGAGCAAAUGCAACAAGUACAACAGGAACAACAAAAGCAACAAGGGCAGCAACACGAACAGAAGCAGCAUCUGCAGAAACAUGAGAUCGUCUCGCAAUGGCAGCAACACGUGCUCCGCGCAGAGCAUCAGCAACUUCACCACCGACAGCAACAGGAUCAAGAAAAUGAGCGGCACCGGCAAAGGCAAAAUGACGAACUGGAACAACAAGGUGAACAAACGCAAGACCAUGAACAGAGACAAGGAGAAGAGGAACAACAAGAGCAACAACGACAGCAAGAGGAGCAAAUGCAACAACAGGAGCAAAGCCAACAAGAACGACGUGAACAAGGGCAGCAACAUGAGCAAAAGCAGCAGCUGCAGAAACAUGAGAUCGUUUCGCUUUGGCAGCAGCACAUGCACCGCGUAUAUCAGGAACCGCGCCACCGACAGCAACAGGACCAUUUAAAUAUGUGGCACGAGCAAAAUAAAAAAGAACACGAACAAGAAGACCAACAAAGGCAGCAGAAAGAGCAGGGUCAACAAGAACUGCAGGAGGAACAAAGGCUUCAGCACAAGCAGAGACAAAGCGAACAACGGGAACAAGACCAACAAAAGCAGCAGCACGAGCAGAGGCAACAGGAACUGCAAGAGCAACAUAGGCAGGAGCACGCACAGAUGCAGCAAGAAUACCAGGAACAAGACCAACAAAGGCAGCAGCACGAGCAGAGGCAACAAGAACACCAGGAACAAGAAGACCAACAAAGGGGGCAGCAGGAGCAGAGGCAACAGGAACUGAAAGAGCAACGAAGGCUGGAGCACGAGCAGAGGCAACAGGAACAACAAGACCAACAAAGGCAGCAGCAGGAGCAGAGGCAACAGGAACUGAAAGAGCAACAAAGGCAGGAGCACGAGCAGAGGCAACAGGAACAACAAGACCAACAAAGGCAGCAGCACGAGCAGAUGCAACGAGAACUGCAAGAGGAACAAAGGCAGCAGCACGUGCACCUCGUACAUCAGCAACUGCACUACCGACAGCAACAAGACCAGUUAUAUGAGCGGCACGAGCAAAGGCGAAAGGAACAGGAACAACGGGAGCAACAAAGGCAAGAGCACGAGCAGAGGCGGCAACAAGAACAACAGGAACGGCAAGACCUACAAAGGCGGCAGUACGAGCAGAGGCAACAAGAACAACAGGAACAACAAGACCAACAAAGGCAGCAGCAGGAGCAGAGGCAACAGGAACACCGGGAACAACAAGACCAACAAAGGCAGCAGCAGGAGCAGAUGCAACGGGAACUGCAAGAGGAACAAAGGCAGCAGCACGCACACCUCGUACAUCAGCAACUGCACUACCGACAGCAACAAGAGCAGUUAUAUGAGCGGCACGAGCAAAGGCAAAAGGAACAGGAACAACAAGAGCAACAAAGGCAAGAGCACCAGCAGAGGCAACAAGAACAACAGGAACGACAAGACCAACAAAGGCAGCAGCACGAGCAGAGGCAACAAGAACAACAACAAGACCAACAAAGACAGCAGCAAGAGCAGAGGCAACAAGAACAACAGGAACAACAAGACCAACAAAGGCAGCAGCAGGAGCAGAGGCAACAGGAAUACCAGGAACAACAAGAACAACAAAGGCAGCAGCAGGAGCAGAGGCAACAGGAAUACCAGGAACAACAAGACCAACAAAGGCAGCAGCACGCACACCUCGUACAUCAGCAACUGCACUACCGACAGCAACAAGAGCAGUUAUAUGAGCGGCACGAGCAAAGGCAAAAGGAACAGGAACAACAAGAGCAACAAAGGCAAGAGCACCAGCAGAGGCAACAAGAACAACAGGAACGACAAGACCAACAAAGGCAGCAGCACGAGCAGAGGCAACAAGAACAACAACAAGACCAACAAAGACAGCAGCAAGAGCAGAGGCAACAAGAACAACAGGAACAACAAGACCAACAAAGGCAGCAGCAGGAGCAGAGGCAACAGGAAUACCAGGAACAACAAGAACAACAACGGCAGCAGCAGGAGCAGAGGCAACAGGAAUACCAGGAACAACAAGACCAACAAAGGCAGCAGCACGAGCAGAUGCAACGGGAACUGCAAGAGGAACAAAGGCAGCAACACGAACAGAGGCAACAAGAACAACAGGAACAACAAGAGCAACAAAGGCAGCAACACGAGCAGAUACAGCAACGUCAGCAACAUUUAGCUAACGUUCAGCAGAUGCAACAGCGACGCAUUGAAGAGAGUAUCCGUCAUGCACCGUGGGCACGUCCAUUCGCAAGCCUUGACGUGCAGAACUCGUGGAACGGGAACGGGUUUCACCGUCAAUUACAACAAGCGCAGCCUUUUCCCAUAUAUCACACCGGAUCACAAACCGUCCAGUGGGGCCGACGUCCGCAACAGCAGGUCGUCGUUGAAUAGAGAAGUCCUUAUGUUCACGUUUCACAUGCGGAAAGGUUGGAAGGCCCUUCAAGAUUCUAAUAACACACUUAACGAACUCAGUUCUACAGGUUGUUUAGACCAUUUCGGUAUGAAAACAAAGGUGUUCAUGUUUAUUAAAAGGCAGACGAAGCGCUAGGAAGACGUGUAACCAGGGGCGGAUUUAGGGGGUCCGGAUGUCCUGACCCCCGCAAUUUCGGUCCCGUUACAUAGAGUUGCAAUUGACCUUGGUAGUGUAAUAGCAUGCUGUCCAAUGCAGGACCCCCACCCCCCUCAGAAACACCUCCACCCCCCUCCGCCUCUGCGUAACAGGAUAAUCGCAGGUACAUUGUCUGUAUCCAUAUUCAGGGAUAUCCAUACAUAGGUGACGUCUGUACAUUAGCCCUAUUUCUGCUAAAUAUUUCCGGCAUAGUGCAGCAGACUGAGCACAGUGAACGCAACCAAGUCAUAAGAUCUAACAUUACCAAAAGAAUGCAUGGGAGAACCUUUACUCCUUAUUCCUGAUCAGAGAUCCAAGCUCCGCAUGGACCAGAUCGAAGACGUAUGCACCUUUUCUGAAGUGUCGGUGGCCGCUCUGCAUGGCUAAAGCAUGAAAGGAGCGAUGAAGUGACAUUUAACGUGUCUCAUCUGUCAGCAAGGAGUGCAACAUCAGGAGUCACCAUGCAAAAUAUUUACGCUCUUCGGUGUGUUGUCACUGUGAUCAAAUUUAUAACAACAGUCGGAGAAGACAGCCACAGACACGAUCCCCGCGUGUGACGUGAAAAAGUCCCGUCUCGAGUGACAUGCCAGGGUACUACGCUAUACAUCCUGACGUUCCCUCCAGUGGGGUCACUAUGGGGGUGCGGGGGGUGCGGUCCGCACCGGGUGAAGCGACGGAAGGGGUGACGCGCCGCUCCAAUACUGCCGCAUCCUCCCGUUCUCGGCGGCACGAUGACGCCAAAACCAACAUGAGGAGCCUUGUCUGGUGUAAUGUGUUUAUUUAUUGCGAAUCGCCUGGUACGGAAAGGCAUCCGUUAACGGGGGCAUGGAGUGGUGGUGGUGGUGGGGGUGACGCAAAGAGCUUCCGCACCUGGUGACGCGUACCCUAGCGAUGCCACUGCCUCAUUCUUCGAUUUUUUUCAAAGUAGUGCGGAACAGAUGCCUCGCGCGCGCGUUCUCCUACGCCCAUCCACUUUCCACAGGAGCCCAUUUUAGUCAUCGCAAAAACAAAAAGAUCUCGCAGCCAAAAACAAAAAUAACACAUUUUGGUGGCCACCUCGGUGCUCCUCAUAAAGCCACUACGUCAUGUUAACUUA